AUAAUCGAAUUCUUCCGCUUCAUCUCAUGGCGAAAUCUUCAAUACUUGCUCUGUUUUCUUGCGUUUUAUUCAUGUUUUUCAUCGGACAAUCUUCAGCACAACUGUGCCGAUCCUCAUCCUUCUCCGGCAACCAAAAUUUCGCAACAUGCAAUGACCUACCGCAACUAAAUGCCUACCUCCACUGGAAUUACUACCCAUCAACCAUGUCCGCCGACGUCGCCUUCCGAAGAACUGGAACGACGACCAACAACUGGGUGGCUUGGGGUCUCAAUCCAACCGGACAGCAAAUGGUUGGUUCGCAAACCAUUUUAGCGUUUCUUGACUCAACCGGUAAACCCACGGCUUACCCAACCUUUAUCGACUCGUAUAGUCCGACCAUGCAGCGUGGGAAUUUGAGUUUCGGAGUCUCGAAUGUUAGAGCGGAGUAUUUGAACAAUGAGAUGAUUAUUUUUGCGAGUCUGCAACUUGAUAAUAGUUUGGUUAAUACUAAUCAAAUUUGGCAAGUUGGUACUAUGACCGGAAGUAUUUUCAAUCCUCAUGCUAUGGAUAUCGCCAACAGAGCCGCUGUUGGAACUAUUAAUUUCGCCGCCGGAACUGCCGUCGCCGGAACCGCGCCGUCUAGCAGAAAAAAGAACGUUCACGGUGUGCUGAAUGCGGUGAGCUGGGGAGUAAUGAUGCCAUUAGGAGCGAUGAUGGCCAGAUAUUUAAAGGUGUUCCAGGUGGCAAAUCCAGCGUGGUUUUAUGUCCACGUGGGAUGCCAGUGCUCUGGAUAUAUUAUUGGCGUUGCUGGAUGGGCUACUGGUCUUAAACUCGGCAGUGACUCACCUGGUGUUAAGUAUCACAAGCAUAGAAACAUUGGGAUCACUCUGUUUUGCCUUGCUACCCUUCAGUUAUUUUCGUUGAUUCUGAGGCCGAAGCCGGAUCAUAAAUACAGAACGUACUGGAACAUCUACCACCGCGGAAUCGGAUACGCUACGAUCAUCUUGAGCAUCAUCCAAGUCUACGAAGGGCUCGACAUUUUGGACCCCGAAAAGAAAUGGAAACAGAUUUACACUGGCGUUAUUGUUUUCUUGGGUGCCACGGCUGUUGUUUUGGAGGCUGUCACAUGGUUCAUUGUUGUUCAAAGGAACAAAAUUGCUGCUGCUGCCUCUAACGGCGUUUAGAUUAACAUUAUUUUCUGUAAUUUACUUAUGUGUGUUUUUUUAUUAUUCUAUACUGUAGAAAUUACAUUGGAUUGUUUAUAAAUGAGGAUUAUUUUCAUUCA